AUGUCGCAGGAUAUGAAUAGAUUCGUGGCUGAGGUGCUCUCUUAUGUUUCGCCUCAGAAAUGUGAAGCAUCGUCAGCGGUUCGAGUGAAGAUAUUUGGCGUCCUGAGGGACCACUCAACUGUCCGCCAUUGGGCGGAUAGUAUGGCAGCGGACAUGCUGGCUGAGAUGGAAGAAGGCCGGGCGCGCAUACAGGAACUUUUGGGGAUAAUUGACCGUGUGCAGAAAUUAGCUAGUCAGCAUAGAAAAGUUGUUGCGGAGCACUACACAGAGAAAUAUUGGUGGUGCCGACCUCUCACCACGUAUGGCGAAGAGCCUGGAGCCUCGUCCAUGGCGAUGUCCAGGGUUGCCAUUGUGCCCCGUCGCAAUCAUUGGGAAAUGGACUACGAGGAAGCAGUAGACAUGCUUGAGCGGCGCACAGCGCACUCGCUAAAAGUAAGAGGCGAUAGUGAUAGUGACGAGUUCAUAAUCGUUAGUAGUUCAUAA